AUGGAUGCCGCCCCCCUGGCGGGGCUGGAGGCCCUCGCGCCCGCACUGUCCCAGCUGCUGGCCCUGCGGCAGGUCCUCGCGCUGGCCGGGGCGAGCCGGGAGUGGCGCUCGGCCUUCGCGUGCGACGCGGUGUGGCUGGCCCUGCUCGCCGCGCGCUGGGGCGAGGGCGCGAGGGAGCGCGCGCGGGGACCUGACGAGUCUGAAGCACGCCCCCUGCGAUCCGAUAGGCGUUGCCGCUCUUUUCGGGCCGGGCGUGGUCGCCUCUUGUCGAGCCCCGCGGGGGCCCUCGCGGAGCGAUCCGGCUCGAACGACUGA